CGAAUUGAAAAUCCGAAGAGGUUGGACGUGUCUUUUACGUGUCUGUGAAUAAUAUCCGGAAAAUUUUAAUUUUUCUCGAGAAAUACCACCGAACUAAAUUUCAAAAUGACUCCUCGUGCCAAGGGAUCAAAAGCUCAAUCCGUGACCCCUCCGAUGACGCCGAUUGCGAAAACUCAUAAGCCGAAGCCGGCAUUGAAGAGCUUGACUAAAAACAGCGAUCUGCAUUUCAAUGUUUAUAAGAUGUUGCGAAAAUUGAAGAAGGAUUUGCAUGCCAAAGUGGUUCAAAGAGGCGCCGCUGUCUAUUUCACUGCCGUCAUUGAGUACUUGGUCGCAGAGGUGUUGGAGUUGGCAGCAGACAUGGCAAAGCGCCAUAACAAGUCUCGUCUUACGCCCCGUUUUAUCAUGAUGGCAAUUCGUACCGAUGAGGAGCUCAACAUGUUGUUCGGGAACAUCGAUAUUUCUGAAGCUGGUAUUAUUCCGCACAUUCAUUCGGUCUUGCUUCCCAAGCCGAAAAAAGGUCGCGUCAUAGCAGAAGACAAGGAAAAAAAGUUAUCUAAUGAUUAUUGAUAAUUUAUCGUUUUAUAGCCGAUCUCGAUUGAUUUAGUUUUAAAAUAUGGACAUUAACUUACUUAUUUGAUCUAAAAAGUCCCCCCAAAUGUACUAAAAUGUUGCAUGAAAACUUUAAAUGCAACCUAAUUUUCUCUAUUUUUUGUAAACUUAUAAUAUGUAAGCUAUUGGUGUACAAUUGAUUGUAUUGAAUUCGACCAAAGACUUUUAACUCUUAAAAAAGCAGUCGAACUACUUGUCGAAACUUAUGUGUUGAACAAAACUAUAUUUAACAAUGUAAUAAAAUUAUC